GAAAUGGGAAAUAUCCAAACAGUUCAAAAAUUAGACCGCGAAUAACCGAAGCACCCACUGCGGCAUCUUAGGUUUCUGAUCGGCGCUCCACCGGCGGAGUCCAUUUCGCCUUCUCCGCUGGGUUUUCCGAUGGACGGCUAGGGUUUCGCUCCCGUAUUUCUCCGACCUGCUUGUAAAUAUUGUACAAAUCUACUAUACCUGUCAAGAAAUUCGACAUAUCAUUUGCCAUUUCAAAUUUCAUCGAUUUCUUCCAUAGUUGUGGACUUAGGGUUGCUGUUCUGACUGUUUUUUCACGGCUCUAACAGCUUCCUGGAGAAUCUUCCGUCAGGUAUCUCCCAGAGUUUAUGAAUUUUUUGCACCGAAUUUGGUUCGAACUUAACUGCAUAUGACAAUUCUUGAUUCUCUUGCGAUGUGAAGAUUCUUACAAUGUACAGAGAUUUAUGUGAUUUUUUGCUAUUACAAGCUUUUCAAAAGAAUUCUUCUUUGGAAUCCUACUGUUAGUCCGUUUGGAAGAAUUUGAAACUUGAAAGUAGAUGCAUCUGCCAACAUGAGAGCUCCUUAUCCUUCGAACCGAAUUACUUCUCCGGUCCCUGAGGCUAGUGGCGAUCGGCCACCAUUGCCUCCUCAAUUUUCUUAUGGACCACGCCUAUCGUCUUUGCAGCCUAGGAUGCCUGGAACUGUACCGAGUUUUAGAAUGCCCGUAAUUCAUGAAGCAAUGCCUUCAAAUUCUGAGAUUUCACCACGGAACAAUCUUAACGUUGGGUUACAUUUCCGUGGGAUGAUGCAUACAUAUACACCUGCUUUUAAUGAUCCUCGUAAAUCGUCGCCUUCUUGUCAAGGAAUUGAGUCUCAUGAAGGUCGAUGGGCAGGGAGUUCGAAUGCUGGCUGUGGAACGUCGAAUGGAAUCGAAGUAUGCAGACUGUUCCGUAGCGGGAAGGGGUGUGCAUAUGGGGCUAACUGUCGUUACCUUCAUGAAAUUCCUGAGAAAACUAUGGAUUCUGGCUUCUCCAGCCAGAAUUAUAAGGUGGGAGGUGUAGUUUCUGGUCAUGUUAUGGAUCGAAGAAGUGAGUUUGAUAAAUCAAAAGAAGUUAGAACAACAGGAGAAACGAAGAUUAGUGUACACAGUGAGAUUCCAAAGCCUGAAUAUUUCAGAACAAGGCCCUGUUACCCCUGGCAGACGACUGGUCACUGCCCAUAUGGGAAUGCCUGUCGCUUUAUUCAUGGAGAAACAGGCAUUGAUAUUGCCCUCGUCUUCUUUUCUUUUGGUGAAAAUAGAACUACAGAAGCCUGGAUCCUGUAGUGUAUCAGAGCGAGGGAGCGUAGGCGGUACCUCUGCGACAACCUCUGCUGCUGCCGAAGCUGGAUUAUCAAGUAGCCGAGGAAUUGAAACUGACUGUGAGGAUAAAGGGUCAGGAAUGAAGCAGUUCUUUAGAUCAAAGGAGUUUAAGAAGUUGAUUGGCAUUUAUGCUGACUGGCUUGAAGAUUGAGUUUUCCGCAUGACUUACACUACAAAGAUGAAGGUUCUUCAAGAACUUUAUAGCUGCAUAUUGACAUUUAAAUGAAUAUAGGGGUAUGGAUAAAGGAUUUUACUCUUCACAAGGA